AUGUUUCACAUGGAUCUCGGAUCCGUCAGACGGGGCGGCUCAAGCCCCGGAGCAGUGGACUCGGCAGGCAGCGGCAGCCCUCUGACGAUUGGCGAGGCCAUCAAGCAUGAGGCCGAGGCCGCUGCGCCCCCCAUGACGGCAGCAAUGGCGAUGCCCAAUGGCGGUCGACCGGCUGGGCCAUCCAGUGCCGCGGACGCCAUGGAGACCCCGGACGCAGAAGAGAUGGAAAACGUGACCAAGAAGAGGAAAACUGGUGCGGGAGGUAGAGGUGUUGCCAACUUGACGCCGGAGCAGCUGGCCAAGAAGAGGGCAAAUGACCGCGAAGCGCAACGUGCCAUCCGAGAACGGACUAAGAACCAGAUCGAGAGGCUUGAGCGUCGCAUUCAGGAGCUGGAAGCUCAGAAACCGUACCAGGAUCUCCAAGUUGUGGUGCGGGCCAAGGAGGCGAUCGAGGCAGAAAAUGUCGAGAUCAAGAGGCGGCUGGCUAGCAUCAUUGGCAUGCUGCAGCCUCUAGUUGGGCCAAAUAUCCCUGGCAUGGCCCCUACCCUCCCAUUCAACGCAGCACCUCUAUCCGUAGGCACUACGAAUACCAUUGCCUAUCAUCAUGCAGCAUCCGCAAGUUCUGCAUCUCCUACAGGAGUAAUGGUUGAUCCUGUUCGCCAGGCUGCUCCCCCGCCCUUGCAGAGCUGGCAAAGUGCGAGCAGCAGCACACCACCAGCGCCGCGCCCGGGCGGUGUUGCCGAGGCCAUUGACGAAGGUACCCAGGCUCUGCUGGAGCGUCAAGGCCAGUCCCUUCGGCACGGGCUGGACUUUGAACAGGGCCGUUUUGAUCUCAACGUCGUAAUCGACCACACUCAGGCGAUACCAAAGCUCCAGAGGGGCCUGAACGGUGCGCAAGACUCGCCUGAAUAUCACCAUGUCCCAAUGAAGCACGACUGGACACAGGUGAACCGGGAGUUUGCACCGCAGGCUAGACUCACUGCGUGGCAGCCAUCGAUCCAGAUCCCGGCAGCUGUUUCCGAUUCCACUCCGGCCAUUGUGCCACCUCUCGGAGUCGCGCGGCAGAGCCCCAUCACGAGCCAGCCGGGGCCUGGGUCUGGGUCGGGGCCAGGCACAGGCGCCGGCGCUCCCAUCAUUCCAGCAGUCCCAUAUUCCAACGCGCGGCCUGCUGUUUUAGAACCUCCACCCCACGGAUAUUCACGUCCCUUGCUCAACUGCAGUCCUACGUGCCCGCUUGACGCUCUGCUUCUCGACUUUCGCAGUGAGCGCCACCAGCGUGCUGCCGAGGGCUUCCAGCCGCAUGAAGUGGCUGGCCCUCGGUACCCCUCUGUUUCCUCUCUGCUCAAUCCCGAGAACAGCAAAUACAGCCAUCCUGUCUCGAAAUUCUUUACAGACAUUCUGACCAAAUUCCCCGAAGUAUCCGGCCUCCCCGAGAAAGUGGCCAUUUUAUAUCUCAUGUUUCUCUUCAUGCGGUGGCAGAUUUCGCCAACAAAGGAAAAUCUAGAACGCCUACCUGAAUGGAUUCGCCCAUUGCCAUGCCAAUUUGAGGUGCCGCAUGCCGCGUGGAUGGACUUUUUGCCCUAUCCCGAGAUGAGGGAGAGGGUCAUCAAGGCGAACAAUCCCGAGGUCUUUUACUUUGACAAUUUCUUCCUUCCAUUUACGUCCACGCUUACUCUCUCCUGGCCUUACGAGGAGGCGCAUACUUUGCUGAGGAACCCGGACUCAGACGAGAUUAUGAUUAACCCCGUGUUUGAGAGCCACAUGCGCAACUUGAACAACUGGAAGCUGGGGAGGAUAUUUGCAGAGUCUUUUCCUAUGCUUGCCGAUACGUGUCAGUAUCAUGAUGCAGUUAGUCAAGGAACACCCAAGUGAUGUCUUUGAGAACACUUAGUAUGGGGAUGGGGAGGUGUGAAGAGAGAAUGGAGGCGCUGCGGGUGGUGGCCUUGGCUCACAGGAAGGCUGGACUCGUGCUUCAAGAGGAUCUUUUCGAGGCCUAUAUCUGCAUUGCCGUUUUCUUGACGACGAAUGAACCGCUAUACGCUCUUGGUACACCAGUCGGACGAGACUGGACAUGGGA